AUCAGCAGUGUACCUCAGGAGUAAAAAUAUUUUGCUGCCUCCUCACAAAGCGCUUUUUACAGGAACUCCAGCCCGUAUAUUACGACUGACCAUAACCAGGAGAACCCCAGUUAGCAUCACCGGUCGCUUCCAGUCCGUUUUGAGCGGACAGUAAUCAGAGGUGUGCCCUUCACAGAUAUCACGCUAUAUAUGCUGCCAGCGUUUCUCUUUAUUGUAGGCUGAGAACAUCUUUCAAGGACUUAAAUAAAUGGUGUUCUUCAAAAACCGCCGAAGGUCAUUGAACUUUGAUUGCAACGCACUGUUAUUCUUCCGAAACGGAGGAUUAUUUCCAAUUCCCGUCGAGUUGGAAUCAAGAGCACUAACGAAGCUGAAAAUGAAAUGUUAAAUUGGGAGACAGCGGCAUACUGUGAAAGCUGCCCGUAUCAAGGCUCCAUACAGGUGUUUCAGUUUCUAUAUUCUCCUUUCCUUUGCCAUGGCUAAAAGUGCAGAGGUAAAGCUUGCAGUGUUUGGCCGAGCUGGAGUGGGAAAAUCAGCUCUUGUGGUGAGAUUUCUGACCAAGCGUUUCAUCUGGGAAUAUGACCCAACGCUUGAGUCAACAUAUCGACAUCAAGCAAAUAUUGACGAUGAAGUUGUAAGCAUGGAAAUAUUAGACACUGCUGGCCAGGAGGACACGCAGCAGAAAGAGGGGCACAUGCGUUGGGGCGAUGGGUUUGUCAUUGUCUAUGACAUCACAGACCGAGGCAGCUUUGAUGAGGUGGUGCUUCUCAAGAACCUCCUUGAUGAGAUCAGGAAACCCAAGAAUGUGACUUUAAUUUUGGUGGGCAACAAGGCUGACCUGGAGCACUCAAGGCAGGUGAGCACUGAGGAAGGGGAGAAGCUAGCUACAGAGAUGGCCUGCGCUUUCUAUGAGUGCUCUGCCUGCACUGGAGAAGGCUGUAUUGCAGAGGCCUUUUAUGAGCUCUGUAGGGAGGUACGGCGCCGCAAGAUGGUCCAGGGUAAGACCAGGAGACGGAGCUCUACCACUCACGUUAAGCAGGCCAUUAAUAAAAUGCUCACCAAGAUCAGUAGUUAAAAAAUGCGGAAACACUCAUUACUGAUGGCCUCAGAUAAUCCAAGUAUUAAACCAGCAUGUGUGGGAUUUAAAGACGAUUGAAAAUGCUUUGGAUUGAAGAGAAAGAAGCAAUGACUAGUGCUGCCAGCCUGCAUCAUGAAACUUCCCACCAAUUCAUUCUUUUGUAUUUAAGUUUUAUUAAUUCACAUCCUAGCAGAAUCCGUUUUCUACUGUAUGUGGUCCAAGGCGGAGGUAGUAGAGAAUUCUAAACACAGCUCCUAUUCACCAAAGUAAUUACUUCUCAGAUUGUAAAAACCCAGCCUUAAACUCAAAGCUGAAACAUUGGAAGUCAUCGGGAGUCAAGCUACUUUUGUUGUACUGUAGGUGAUGUAAUUAAUGAGUAAGCAAGUGCCAAGCAUGUCAAUUAUCUGCCUUUGAGAGAACCUGAGAAAUGCAAAGUCUUCCUCUGAGGGGGUUAACUGAGAGGCUAUUAAGGCUUAGAAAUUUGUUUAUACAGGCAUUGUUUAAAGAGUGGGCACAAAUCCACCCCAGCAAAAUACACCUCUAAUGUUAUGAGUUUUUUUUGUUCCAUCCUGAAUUCCUAUAUAUGUGGAUUUCCUAUCAGAUUGUCAUGUAGUUGUAAAUAAAAACGGCAGUGCUAGGAGUG